UGUGAGUGACACACAUGACAGUCCAAAUAUUUUAAUGUUUAUUUUUAAAUUUUAAAUUAAUAACUAUUUACUAUUUUGAAUUAAAACAAUUUGAUUAUAAUUGCGUAUUUACCUAGUGCGAUACCUCAAAAACAUUAUAAGUAUUGUAAUUUAAUGUUUUAAAAAAGUAUACGAAUUAUACAACGCUAAAUCGAUGGUUUAAAUAUUUAAAAUACAGUAUAUAACCUAAAAAAAUUCACAUGGCGAAAAUAAGGUCCGAUGGUCCUGUGAAAACAGCUAUUACAAAGAAGAAUAAACUGAAAGCAAAAGUUAAUAAAAAGAAAUCUAAGAAUAAAAUAAAAAAAUCAGGAGUUGUAAACUCAUCAGAAGUUGGCACCAUAGAAAAUAAUGACUCUGCUAAUACAUGUCAAGAUAAAACUGUUGUGCAGAAUGAGCAGUUUGGAAAUAGAUUCCCCAUGUUCAAAGAUGAAGAGCUAAUCAAAAAGUUCCUUGCCAUUCCCAUGACAAAUAACCAAAAAUGUAGAAUGAGACAAACACUGAAAGACAGUCUCAAAGGCACCUCAGAUGAAUUAAUGCCAGAUGCCAUAUAUUCAUGGAUACAGACUAUAGUUAAAGAAAAAACUUCCCUGACAGUGCAAGAAUUAAAGAAAAUACGUAUUCUAUAUAACAUGCUAAAAACUGCAGCAGAAGCAAAAACAACUGACAAGAACAAAAACAAAAAAAGUGAUGUAAAUAAAAAAAGAACAGACGAAAUGGAUAAUUUGAUUGAAAUGAAAGAAGCAAAUAAAGAUGAAGAAAUUACUGACACAAAUGUAACUGAUGAGGAAAAUGAAGGGGUUAAAAAACAUUUAAAUUUACCACUGGAAGUUGGUAAAGAACAAGUUGUGCAGAAUUCGUCAGUAGACCAGUUUGGAGAGAGAUUUGCCAUCUUAAAAAAUGAAGAGCUAAUCAAAAAGUUCCUUGCUACCCCCAUGACAAAUAACCAAAAAGGUAGAAUGAGACAAACUCUGAAAGACAGUUUCAAAGGAACCUCAGAUGAAUUACUGCCAGAUGUCAUAUAUUCUCGGAUACAGACUAUAGUUAAAGACACAGCUUCCCUGACAGAUCCAGAACUAAGGAAAAUACGUAUUCUAUAUAACAUGCUGAAAACUGCAGUGGAAACAAAAGCAACUGAAGUGAAAAACAAAAAAGCAAAAAACAAAAAAAAGAAACAUAAUGACAAAAGUGAAACUGAAACUGAAGUAAAAGAAGAAAUAACAGAUGAAAUAGAAAAUUUUAAUGUGAUUAAAAAAGAAGAAAAUAAAAUAGAUGAAGAAAUCACUGACACAAAAGUAGCUGUAGUAAAAAAUGAAGGAGAUGAUAAACAUUUAAAGAUAGAAAAAGAUAGGAAACAAGAUAAAAUAAAGGGCCCAAAAAGAUAUGUUGUGUUUGUAGGCAAUUUACCUCUGGAUGUUGAUAAAGAACAAAUAAUGAAACACUUCAAUCAAAUAAAAGAUAAUAUUGUAGAUGUGAGGAUACCAAAGACGAAGGAAGGCCAAAAGAGCAGCAUCGCUUAUGUGGAGCUGAAGAAUGAACUGUGCUAUGAGCUGGCGUUAUCCAAACACCACUCGAUGUUCGGCAACAAACGGCUCAACGUGCUCUACACCACACAGAAGGGCAGCAAGAUUAGCAAGGCUGAAGCUAAGGGAAAGGCGGCUAAACUGGUGGCGCUGCAGAAGAGUGGCAAAUUGGCGGGAAGCAUACCCCUGAACAGGAAACGAAGCCAACGCCGUAUGAAGGCGAAGAAGGCUCGUGCGAAGCUAGAAGCGGAAGCAUAAACUCGAUUGUGUUGUAAUUUUAAGAUAUUAAUGUUUUAAUUUAAUCGUAGAAUAAAUAAUUUAAAUUAA